AAUCUCGAGUUGGAAGAGCAGUUGGACCAAUGCCAAUUCUUGGUUCUCCAGACUCUUUUCCGUAUGAACAAGUACUUGUAAAACAACACUUAUUCUUGUAUACUAAGACUAACUUGACUUGAAUUCAAUUAUUUUUCGUGCGAGUUUUGCUUUCCCUCUUCCACAAUCCUUCUGUUCAAAAGGACAAUCAAUCCUUCUGUUCAAGAUACUGAGCAAUUGUCUGAGGAAAUAAUUGUGACUGUGCAAUUGCAGAGAUGGCGAUCAAGUCCUACGCAACCCAAGCUGAGCUACUUCUGCGGAACUAUAUGCAUGCAGAUUCUUAUGCCCUGUGCACAUCUAUUAUUGGCAGCAUUUGUGCUUGCAAGAUGGUUUAUGAUCUCAGCCAGGUCAUUAGUGCAGCUUACUUGAAGAGCUAUUCUAGACUUUCGAAACUUAAAAAGAUUGAGUGGAACAACCGUGCCAUAUCAACCUUCCAUGCUAUAUUCAUCACAACCAUGUCACUUUACUUUGUAUUCUGGUCAGAUCUGUACUCCGAUGAUCGUUUUGCUCCUGCUAUUACUCUUCGACAUUCAAAAUUGUCUACAUUUCCUUUGGGUGUUUCUAUUGGUUAUUUCCUUAGCGAUCUGGGAAUGAUCAUUUGGUUAUAUCCUUCUCUCGGUGGUUUGGAGUAUGUGGCUCAUCAUCUUCUUUCCAUGUUAUCUGUGAUCUACGCAAUGGUGACCGGUGAAGGACAGAUUUAUACAUAUAUGGUCUUAAUUUCCGAGGCAACAACCCCUUCCAUCAAUUUAAGAUGGUAUCUCGAUGCAGCUGGAAUGAAGACAUCUAGGGCAUAUCUCAUCAAUGGGGUUGUGAUGUUUUUGGCUUGGGUGGUUGCUAGAAUGUUGCUGUUUUUGUACUUGUUUUAUCACAUAUGGGUGCAUUAUGACAAGGUGAUGCAGAUGCAGACAUUUGGACAUUGCUUGGUUCUUGGGGUUCCAUCAGUCCUUAUCGUCUUGAAUUCGGUAUGGUUUUGGAAGAUUUUAAUGGGAUUGAAGAAGACAUUGGCAAAGAGGCAUUAGAAGUCCCUGUUCAAUAAUUAUGUCAAGGCACUAAUCUAUUUUUUUGUUUUUUUGUUGUUUUUGUACAUUGACCUGUAUAUUCUCUCUUUUCAACUUUCUAUCCGAUCAAGGAGAGGAGGACAUUGAAAAAUGGACUGCGGAUUCCCUGGUUUACUACCAAGGGAAAUUCUGUUUUGAGAAAUCGAACAAGUUCAUGUAUAGUAUAUAUUCCUGUUAAAUUAAGAGCUGCAAUAAUAUUGCGAUCAUUAGCUUUCUAGUUA